GUCGCUUCCUUUUCCGCUCAUGCUUUCUUCCCGUUGCAUCAUAUUUUCAUUCACCGGCGCAUAGUGUGUUCGUGAUACCGGGUUGGCGAGUUGAAAGCUGGGACAGAGAAGCAGGGCGGGUUCCAUAAUGUCUCAGCAAGUGCCCGAGAACAUCAACUUUCCUUCAGAGGAGGAGAAGAUUUUAGAGUUGUGGAAAUCCCUGGACUGUUUCCAAGAAUGUAUCAAGCAGUCCAAGAAUAGACCCAGAUACACCUUUUACGAUGGCCCACCUUUCGCUACAGGGCUUCCUCACUACGGGCACAUCCUAGCCGGAACCAUAAAAGACAUUGUAACAAGAUUUGCUCACCAGAGUGGCUUCUAUGUGGAGAGGCGGUUUGGCUGGGACUGUCAUGGAUUACCUGUGGAAUAUGAAAUCGAUAAGACGCUUGGAAUAAAGGGACCAGAAGAUGUUGCUAAAAUGGGAAUAUCUGAGUACAACAAACAGUGCCGUGGGAUUGUGAUGAGAUAUUCACAGGACUGGGAGACUAGCGUGACUAGGCUGGGCCGCUGGAUUGAUUUCAGAAACGAUUACAAAACGCUCUAUCCUUGGUUCAUGGAGUCUGUCUGGUGGGUCUUUAAGCAGCUGUAUGACAAGGGACUUGUGUACCGAGGUGUUAAGGUCAUGCCUUUCUCAACUGCUUGCAACACACCACUGUCCAACUUUGAGUCCCACCAGAAUUACAAAGAUGUCCAGGAUCCUUCUGUCAUUGUCACCUUCCCACUAAUUGAAGACCCUAAAGUAUCACUUGUAGCUUGGACGACUACACCAUGGACAUUGCCUAGCAACAUGGCACUGUGUGUCAACCCAGAGCUGAUCUAUGUCAAGCUGAAAGAUGAGUCCAAUGGGAAUAUUUAUAUAAUAAUGGAAGCCAGGCUGUCUGCAUUGUACAAGGCCGAAAAUGAAUAUAAAAUUUUGGAAAGAUUCCCCGGAAAUGUUCUUAAGGGAAAGAAAUACAAGCCGUUGUUUGAAUAUUUUAAAAAGGCUGCAGACAGUGGAGCAUUUACAAUUUUGACUGAUAACUAUGUGAAGUCUGAAGAAGGUACAGGAGUAGUACAUCAGGCUCCAUAUUUUGGAGCUGAUGACUACAGGGUCUGCAUGGAUUUCAACAUCAUUCAAAAGGAUUCUGUUCCGGUUUGUCCUGUAGAUGCAUCUGGAUGCUUUACCCAGGAAGUGACUGACUUUGCAGGACAGUAUGUCAAGGAUGCUGAUAAGAACAUUAUAAAGCUGCUGAAGGAACGGGGUCGGCUUGUGCAUAGCAGCUCGUACAAGCACAGUUACCCCUUCUGCUGGAGAUCAGAAACCCCCUUGAUUUACAAAGCUGUCCCGAGUUGGUUUGUACGUGUUGAGCACAUGGUUGAAAAGCUGCUUCAAAACAACAGUCAGUGUUACUGGGUUCCUGAGUUUGUGAGAGAGAAGCGUUUUGGUAACUGGUUAAAGGAUGCCAGGGACUGGGCUAUUUCCAGGAACCGUUACUGGGGCACCCCCAUCCCGCUAUGGGUUAGCGAAGACUUUGAAGAGGUUGUGUGCGUGGGGUCAUUGGCAGAGCUGGAAGAGUUGACUGGGGUGAAGAUAACAGAUCUGCAUCGAGAGAAUGUGGAUAACCUCACUAUACCCUCACGACUUGGGAAGAGCCCCCUGCGGCGUGUGAACGAAGUCUUUGAUUGCUGGUUUGAGAGUGGCAGCAUGCCGUAUGCCCAAGUGCACUACCCGUUUGAGAACAAAAGAGAGUUUGAGGACUCUUUCCCUGCCGAUUUCAUCGCUGAGGGUAUUGACCAGACCAGAGGAUGGUUCUACACACUCCUGGUACUCUCCACAGCUCUCUUUGGCCAGCCACCUUUCAAAAAUGUCAUAGUGAACGGUCUCGUCCUGGCCAGCGAUGGUCAAAAAAUGAGCAAAAGCAAAAAGAAUUACCCUGACCCGAUGAAUGUGAUCAACAGCUAUGGAGCAGAUGCACUCAGAUUGUACCUAAUAAAUUCCCCAGUGGUAAGGGCAGAGAACCUGAGGUUUAAAGAGGAUGGGGUCCGAGAUGUGUUAAAAGACGUGUUCCUUCCUUGGUACAAUGCCUUCCGCUUCCUGAUGCAAAAUAUCUACAGGCUGAACAAGGAAGAGAACAUCCAGUUCCUGUUUAAUGAAAACACUGCAAGACCCAGCAGCAACAUCAUGGAUAAGUGGAUUCUUUCUUUCACUCAGUCACUCAUCCAGUUUUUCAAAGCUGAAAUGAUGGCCUACAGAUUAUAUACCGUGGUCCCGCGACUUGUUAAGUUUGUUGACAUGCUUACAAACUGGUACGUACGGAUGAACCGCAGGCGAUUAAAGGGUGAGAGCGGCACAGAUGAUUGUCUGAUGGCUUUGGAGACCUUGUUCAGUGUUCUGUUCUCUAUGUGCAGAUUAAUGGCUCCCUUCACCCCGUUCAUCACAGAGAUGAUGUACCAAAAGCUGCGGUUGCUGAUUGAUCCGGCAUCCAUGCAGGAUAAAGACACUCAGAGUAUCCACUACCUCAUGCUUCCGGCUGUCAGAGAAAAUUUGAUUGACAAAAAGAUUGAAAGUGCAGUGUCCCGCAUGCAGUCCAUCAUUGAGCUUGGGCGAGUCAUUCGAGACCGAAAGACAAUGCCCAUUAAGUAUCCAUUAAAAGAAGUGAUCGUCAUACACCAGGAUCCAGAGGCCCUGACGGACAUCCAAUCCCUGCAGAAGUAUAUCUUGGAGGAGCUGAAUGUUAGGCAAGUGACUGUUUCCACCAAUAAAGACAAAUAUGGAAUACGCUUGAGGGCUGAACCGGAUCAUAUGGUGCUAGGGAAGAGGCUAAAGGGGGCAUUUAAAUCUGUCACGGCUGCCAUCAAAGAAUUGCAGAGCGAUCAGCUGGAAGAGUUCCAGAAGUCAGGCUCCAUAGUGGUUGAAGGCCAUGAGCUACAUGAGGAAGACCUCCGGUUACUGUACUCCUUUGAACAGGUGGCUGGAAGAGAUGCUCAGUUUGAGGCCCACUCUGAUGCUCAGGUCCUGGUUCUGCUGGAUGUCACACCAGACCAGUCAAUGGUGGAUGAAGGUGUUGCAAGAGAAGUUAUUAACCGCAUCCAGAAAUUAAGGAAAAAGGGAAAUUUGGUUCCAACUGACGAGAUCACCAUUUACUACCGGACGCAGCCCGAAGGCGAUUACUUACACUCAGUCAUCGAGAGGCACACAGAUUUCAUUCUUGCCACAGUCAAGUCUCCUCUCAAACCUUACCCAGUGCCACCCUCAUCUAGUGUCAUUAUCCAGGAAAAGACACAGUUGAAAGGCUCGGAUCUGGAAAUCACACUGGUCAGGGGAGCGCAGUUUGUUGCCGAUGAAGCAUCUGGACCUGCCUGUGCUUGUGUCAAUCUACAAAUAGCUGUUAAUGGCGCAGAACACAAUGGUUUUCUCCUGUUAGAGAACCCAAAGGGUGAUGCCAUUACUAGUUUUUCAGAGCUGAAGUCUGCUGUCUGUAAUAUAUUUCAUCUGAAGAGUACCAAGCUGGCCGUGUACAAUGGAAACACAGAGCUGCCAGUUGACACCAACUUGCAGAACCUGAAUGGGAAGACUCUGCACGUUACAUCUGGGCCUCCUCCCGCCAUAUCUAGUGCUGCCAGCCAGACAGCCUGCCAGUAUAUCAACUUGAGACUUUUAAGCUCAAGCGUGCAAGGGACCUUGCUGCUUGAAAACCCUGUUGGUCAGAAUGGUCUGACUUACAAAGGUCUUCUCCAUGAAAUAGCUAAGGUGUUUGGCCUGAGGAGUCGGCGGUUCAGACUUUUCCUUGAUUCAGCACAAAAUGAAGAAUUGACCCCAAGUACAGCUCUGCCAAGUCUUAACACGAAGACACUUUAUGUUCAUGUCCUCCCAACAACGGCUGAGUGUUAGUAGAGUUUCCCCACUACCUGAGGUUGAAUCACGUGGGAUCAAAUGUGAUAUUACCAUUUAAACCACACAGAUCUGGAGAGAUUUGAAUUAUCAGCUGGGUUUGAAUAGAUCCUUUUCUUCCUUUUGAUGUGCGCCCAUCUGUUGCCCCAUGCUGUAUGGGAAACUGCUAAGUAAUAUCCAUACUGAGUCUACUUAAAGUGUUUCAGAAUACCUCUCUGAUAUGAAAUAACUGGUGACCAUAAUGUGGCAAUAUAUAUAUUUAUUAAAGCAUAUCUUCCCUUUCCAAUCUA